AUAUUCAGAGUUGUUUUGUAAACUUUCAACAUUCUACUAUUAAACUACAAAAAAUGGAAAAUUUUGCAACGAAUAUAAAACUAAUAUUGAGCGUCGAAAGAUUUUCCCAGUUUUUCCCGAUUCGGCUCUCAAUCCCUAAUCGCCCCAUUUUACGGUACUACAAACAGCUGACACGAAAAUAUCUGACAAUUGUCAAAUUCAAUUACCUUAAAUAAACAUAAGCUUACAUCUGAAAUAUCGAGUGUAUGUAUGCGAUUUACAUUCACUAAAUAAUUGUUUAGAAUUGAAAAAAUAUAUUUACAAGUGAUGGUAGAACUUGUUCUUGUGUAUCACAAUGCUUGUUGCUUUUUUGCUUCAUGAAGAUAAAUGCAGACAGACCUAAAUCCACAAAAAAAUGCUCAUUAAAUUAGAAUCUGUGAAAAAUAAACAAUUGAGGAGAAUACUGGAACACAGUUUGUAUUUGAUAAUAUUGUUAUUGUUAAUACCAGCAUUUUUGUAUUUCGAACUAUGUGUAGUACUGCCAACCGUUGUAACACAAUGGACAAUGUCACAUUUUAUUCACAUGUUUUGUGCAACAUUCUUAUUACACAAUAUUAUUGGAAAUAUGAUAUAUGGCAUGUUAACUGAUACAAGUAUUAAGGGUAAAUUUUUAAAUAGUCAUAAAAAAGAUGGCUGGACUUUUUGUUCAGUUUGUGAAUGUUUGAGACCACCCAGAGCCUGGCAUUGUGACACAUGUGAUAUCUGCAUAUUAAAAAGGGACCAUCAUUGUACUUUUUUUGCUUGUUGUGUGGGAUAUUAUAACCAUAGAUUCUUCAUUUGUUUUACAUUCUAUAUAUUCAUUGCUAUGAUGUACUCAUUUUAUUAUAAUGUAAUAUUUCUGUCAGUUUUCAUAACUUGGAAUCAUGGUUUUAUAAUAAUUAAAUUUAUUUUUCCACUUGCAAGUUUUGUGGUAGAUUUUGGCCCUGAAAGUGUUUAUGUAUUCUUAGUAGUGAUCAAUUUUAUUAUUGGUCUCUUUAGUGGAUUUCUUUUCAUCUAUCAUUUUAAUAACAUUAUGAAAGGUCGAAUUGUUCCUGAAAUGAAAUCAUACACUGAAAACUUUAUACAUAAUAAAGGAAUAAAAUUAAAUCUGAUUGAAGUUCUUGGUACCAAGUGGUACUUAACUUGGGUAUCACCGUUUAUUAAAAGUGAUCUACCUGGAGAUGGUAGUGAGUGGAAUGAUUAUAGUAAGCGUGAAUAAAAAGAAUAACUGUUUAAAAUUUGUAAUACUCAAUCGGACAACAUAAAAAAUUCACAUGUAUGUUAAUUGGCUAGUGAUGUGAUUUUGACUGAUUUAUAGCAAAUAAUCAAUUACACAGAAUACGGAAGUAUGGUUUGUUGUUCACAAAAUCAGACUGACUUGGGCUUAUCACACAAAUGUAUGGUCUGUAUAGUUCCUACUUCUUUAAAGCAGAAUCUUCUACAUUGAUUACCCCUAUUUAUGCUAGUUGCUCUACAGUACAGAAAUAUUCUAUGAUAUACUUAAGCCAUUUGCUAUUGUCUGUAUUUUUAUGUUUAUUCAGAGGAAUUAUUCUAUUUCUGGAAAGGUUUUAAUCAUAGUAAUAAUAAGUUCGAUAGAUUGUGCACGAUUACGAAAGUUUUUUUUAAUAAAUUUAACUAGCUGACUGUGGUGGUUUUUCACUAGUUCUCAAUUUCAAAUAAUCAAAUUCAACACAAUUUCCAUUUUAGCACUGUGCAUGCAUUGUUGCUAAUGGCAUGUUUUGAAGCAUUUAUCAUGAUAAUAAUUAGUAACUUUAAAAAAAAUGCAUGGGUAUACUAUUUUGAUAGUUUAGAAAAGAAUUAAUAGUUAUUUAAGGAUAUUAUGAAGUUUAACAUUCUAAAGUGAUACAGUGCCUUACACCUUUGUUUAAAAGAAUCAAAUGAAUUAUACUUUAAGUCAUAUUUUAUUCAAUUAUUGUACUGUUUAUAUUUAAUAAAAUAUUUAAUGUCA